GCAGAAAAAUACUAAGAAAUACGGCGCAGUACAUAUUCUUCCUAAAGACGCGUGUGGAAAAUUUGUGAAAAUCUGGUGAAAACUUAAUGAAAAUGAGGAGAAAAUAUGAAAAAUAAAUAAAUAAAUAAUUGAUAGAAGUUGUAAAAAGACCUGAAAAAGGCAAAUGAUAAUGAAAAUCUACAGCACUCAUAGCAAUUUCAUGUGAAAGUGUGUAAGUGUGUGUGUGUAUGUGUAUCCAUGUAUGUAUGUCGAGAAGAAAAUCAGGAGGAAGAAGAAGCAUUUAAGGCACAUUAAGUAGCAGUAUUGGAGCCGAAAGGAAGCAGCAAAAACCGAUUCGCCAGUCCAAUCAGCGAAAACGGGAGCUGCGAAAAGCAAAAAGGACGACGGAAGUAAUGGUGGAUAGACGAGUAAAAGAGUUGAAAAUCUUUGGAAUUGAAAAACUUAAGAAGGUGAGAAAGGCUGUAGGAGUUAUAGAUGGUUAACUAAAUAGAGUGCGACUAUUAACCAUUUAUAUUGUGCAUCUGAAAGAAAAGGUAUUUUUGGGCUAUCUAGCGGUUUGCAGUAGUUGUCUAAUUAGCCGGCAUACCAUACUUCGAUUCUUCGCAUGAAUUUCACUCUCCAUAUAAUUGGUGGUUGACUGGCCCACCGUCAGCAUUAUCAACUGCCUGCUUCAAAAAAGCGACGCGCCCUGCUUUUAUUCCCAAUACGUUCCACUCCCUCACGUCGCUACUCCGGCUGGCUUCUACUCCGGUGCAUAGUCGAUUCCAUAGACAUAUUUAAAAAGCUGUUUAUUGGUACCGUUGUAGUUGACUUUAUUAAGUGUUGACGGCGGCAUUCCUUUACGCGUUCCGAAAAGCUUUAUUCCAUUUACCAGUGGUGGUUUCCUAUAGGAAUUGCUCUGAAUUGCAUCCGACACUGGGAAGCGGGUAUGUGAAAUAUAAUAGGGUUGAUAAAAAUCAUGCAGUAAAAGACUAGCAUGCAGGUGCUUAGUUUUCCAAACGCCAACGCGAAAAGUAUUACGUAUUUAUCGUACUUGUAUGGCGUAAAAAAACACAAUCAGCACCAGACCAAGAAGAAAAGCAACAAAGAUCAUAAACACAGUUAAAAUGGCCAAUGUCGCAGUGAUACAAUGAUUGCAAGGCGCUAAGUGAUUUUUGCACUACUGGAAAGUAUUUCAGAAUUUCGUAAAGAAAAAUGCCACUUGUAGCGAAAAACAACAACCCCGAAGCAUCCACAUAUUUGGCAGCAAGAAGUAACAGCAUAUAACAAUUUAAUAAUACAUUUUAGACGAGCCCGUACAACAUUCCCCUGAAAAAAUAACAAAUACAAACGGGAAAAGUAAGACAACCACCGCCAACCAGCCACACUGGAAAGAAGAGGCGUCAGCCGAGCGCGCGCGGUAUCAGCUGUCAUUUAAGAAUCAUAUAAAAAGCGGACGCAAAAUAUUCAGCCAAUAAAGGGGCAGCGGUAAAACGCGUUGGUUGCGGAGCCGAUUAGAAAGCAGAAGUAGCAGCGCCCGCGCCAGCAGCAACGCUGCUAUACGGAUUAUGGGCUGUGGACAAAGUAAAAUUCAUUUAUAUCCCAGAAAAUCAAAGAGCAAAGCAAAUGGAAAGAAAGGAGGUCACGCUGACUCAGACGCUGAAACAGACGAAGAUGAAGGCCAUAUUGAAGAUGCUGAGAAGUGUCAAAAUCGCGAACGCGAUAAAAAUGACGAGAAUGACGAGCAAAGCAAUAAAGAUGCACAGGAUAGUGAUGAGGAUGUAUCUGUGUCGCUACUGCGAGCCAAAAAUCUAUCUUUGCUGCAAAGCCAAGAAAUUUCCACGAGCCAGCAGAAUUUUUUUCGUAUGCUCGAUAAAAAAAUUGAAGAGGGACCCGAUUAUGAUUCGUCCAGCGAGACGGAGAUCGCACUUGAAGAGGCCCGACUGAACGCUUUAGUGCAACACUGGGAGUCAGCGAGCUUAACUGCCUCUGUUUGCUCCUCCACCAGCCGCUCGCUGCAAACGACACCAAUUCGUCAAGCACCCAUCAAACAACUGGCUACACCUAGAGCCGUGCUGCAGCCCACGGUCGCUGUACCGAUACCGACACCUAUCGCAGUUCAGCAACCAGUAUUGGCCGCAGACUUUCUUUCGCAUGGAGCAUCACCAACAGCGGCUCAGUUGUCGGCAGCAACAGUAGGGCCCGGCGGUACUCUAAAGCAUCCUCAAGGAAGCCAGCAGAUUGUUAUUUCACAUAUGAACACCAAAAUGUUACACCAACUGGGCGUUGUGCCGCAAAUACCCAUCAACGUGACGCCAGAAACUUCCGCAUCCACCGCAAAUACGUCCAACGCUCUCGCACUACUGCAGGCGUCCAAUCAAACACAGCAAGCGCAAUACACACAACAUUUGUUAGCCGGUAGCUCUCCACAAAUGCUGGGUAACAUUAAAUCGAAUGUAAGUCCCAAACGCUUAGUGGAUGGACGAUUGCUGAUGAAUUCCAGUCCACUUGCACAACAAAUGCACACUGUAUCAAUGCCGCUGCCCAACGCAUAUAUGAGUGGACCAGCACAAUCAACGCCAGCUUCUGUGGUAUCGGCAGGCGCUACUUACGCCAAUGGGGGCGCCAAUAGUGGAUGUUCGCCCCAACCCACAUUGCCAAUGCAAUUGACAUAUUUCGGGCAGCCCACUGCACAACAACAGAUGCAACAGUAUCAUCAACAACAGCACCAAACGACUACUGCGGCAAUGGCCAUGGCAACCAUGACAAUGACGGCAACACAAAAUGACCAACAUACUCCACAAAGCCAAAGUCAGUCGUAUUACGGUGACCAAAUACAAAUGCACACAAUGCAGCCGCCGACGGAAUAUAAAUUCCCGCCGGCAAUCAGCGUUCAACGCCUCGCGCCUCAAGUUCAGCGACAACUGCGCGAAACACAAGAACUGAUAAAAGACUCAUGCCCACAAUUGUUCGCAGCGGGUUAUGGCGGAAGUCCCGGACCACCGAUACGAAACCAAGCCAAAAAUCCAAACCGAAGACCCACCCUGGAGACCCAAUUCUCGCAGGAAAGCUCGUGAUAUCUAUACAAUUAAAAGAAACCCAGCGCCAAAACUAAUAUAGACGUUCGCAGCAGCAGCUAAGCCCAAUAUUCAGUGCCCCCGAAAUUACCAGUGACAAAUCGUCCAUAUACAAUGCGAAGUCGACGAUAUACUAUACUAUGUGAAUAAGAAGCAGAAAAAGAAAAUAAUGGGUAAACUGCGGCGCAAACAAAAAAUUACUCUCACAUUCUCAUUUCGACGUUUAAUCCUAUUCAUAACCAAAUGCAUUAUUAAAAAUCAUAUAUAACUAUAAAAAAGAAUUAAAUACUAAUAAAUCAUAAAUUGAAAAAUAUAUAGAAUAUAUAAGAAAAUAGAUGGAACAAGUAUGAGAAAAUAAAGUUAAAAAGAAAAAAUAUACAAAAAAAUAACAAAUAAAUUCGAGCAAAUGAAUAAAAAAGAAAGAAGGAAAUUAAGAGGGUGUAUGCUGGAAAACAAAUAAUUAAGUAAUGUAAUUUUAAAAAACUAUUUAAUUUAUAUAUUGUAUUGUACUUAGCAUUAUUUUAGUAUAUUUUGAUUUGGUGUACAAUAGUUUUUCUUAUAAUAAAACUGAUUACGUUUAGAGCAAAACAACAUACA